AUGUACCUAAGUGAUUUGCAUAACCCAGCGGCCGGGGGCUUGGGAAACGGAGCGUGCAACCCUAGAAGGGAAAAGGACGGGAAGAGCUUGAGCGGCGGCGGGGCGAGAGCGAGCGAGAGCCUGGGUGUUUGUACGAUCGCCGGGCGGGGGCUGGAACGAGGGGCCGGCAUGGCUGAAGCCGCCGGAGGAACGAGGCUGCCUCUGCGCUUCCAUGGGGCAGCGGCAAAGGCGAAACUCCGGAGCACCGCGUCCCUGCGCAGCUGCCGCCGCAUCUGCGACGGCGACCGUCGGGUGGACUGCUCCGGCAAGGGACUGACCGGCGUGCCCGAGGGGCUCAGCGCCUUCACCCAAGUGCUGGACAUCAGUAUGAAUAAUAUUACUCAGUUGCCAGAAGAUGCAUUUAAGAAUUUUCCUUUUCUAGAAGAACUACGAUUGGCUGGCAACGACCUUUCUUUUAUCCACCCAAAAGCCUUGUCCGGGUUGAAAGAACUCAAAGUUCUAACCCUCCAAAACAAUCAGUUGAGAACAGUACCCAGUGAAGCCAUCCGAGGGCUGAGUGCUUUGCAGUCUUUGCGCUUGGAUGCCAACCACAUUACUUCAGUCCCCGAGGACAGUUUUGAGGGGCUCAUCCAGUUGCGGCAUCUGUGGCUCGAUGACAACAGCUUGACGGAGGUGCCUGUGCGUCCCCUCAGCAACCUUCCCACCCUGCAGGCACUCACCUUGGCGCUCAACAAAAUCGCAAGCAUCCCAGAUUAUGCCUUUACCAACCUUUCAAGUCUAGUGGUUCUGCAUCUUCACAACAAUAAAAUUAAAAGCUUGGGUCUACACUGCUUUGAUGGACUAGAUAAUCUGGAGACCUUGGAUUUGAAUUACAAUAACUUGGGGGAAUUUCCUCAGGCUAUUAAAGCUUUACCUAGUCUAAAAGAGUUGGGAUUUCAUAGUAAUUCUAUUUCUGUUAUCCCGGAUGGAGCAUUUGGUGGUAAUCCACUCUUAAGAACUAUAAAUUUGUAUGAUAACCCUUUGUCUUUUGUGGGGAACUCAGCAUUUUACAAUUUGUCUGACCUGCAUUCCAUAGUCAUUCGGGGUGCAAGCAUGGUACAGUGGUUCCCCAAUCUGACUGGAACUGUCCACCUGGAGAGUCUGACCUUGACAGGCACUAAGAUAAGCAGCAUACCCAGUAAUUUGUGCCAAGAACAAAAGAUGCUCAGGACCUUUUCUUUGCAGCAUAAUCAGAUUCGGCAGAUAAAGGAGGGCACUUUUCAAGGCCUCAUUUCUUUAAGGAUUCUAGAUCUGAGUAGAAACCUAAUCCAUGAAAUUCAUAACGGAGCUUUUGCCAAACUUGGAUCUAUAACUAACUUAGACAUAAGUUUCAAUGAAGUAACUUCGUUUCCUACAGAAGGCCUGAGUGGGCUAAAUCAGCUGAAGCUUUCCGGCAACUUUAAGCUAAAAGAAGCUUUAGCAGCAAAAGACUUUGUGAAUCUCAGGUCUUUAUCUGUACCAUAUGCUUAUCAGUGCUGUGCAUUUUGGGGUUGUGACUCUUAUGCAAAUUCAAACACAGAAGAUAGCAGCCUCCAAGAACAUAGUGUGGCAAAGGAUAAAGGUACUGCAGAGACAGCAGGUGUUACAAGCAGCUCAGAAAAUGAAGAGCACAGUCAAAUAAUCAUCCACUGUACACCUUCAACAGGUGCUUUUAAGCCCUGUGAAUAUUUACUCGGAAGCUGGAUGAUACGUCUUACUGUGUGGUUCAUUUUCCUGGUGGCCUUGUUUUUCAACCUGCUUGUCAUUUUGACAACCUUUGCAUCUUGCACAUCACUGACUUCUUCUAAAUUGUUCAUAGGCUUGAUUUCUGUGUCUAACUUACUCAUGGGAAUCUACACUGGCAUCUUGACUUUUCUGGAUGCUGUGUCCUGGGGCAGAUUUGCUGACUUUGGCAUUUGGUGGGAGACCGGCAGUGGCUGCAAAGUAGCCGGGUUCCUUGCUGUUUUCUCCUCAGAAAGUGCCAUAUUUUUAUUAACAUUAGCAGCCAUCGAAAGAAGCUUAUCUGUCAUGAAAAAUGGGAAAAGCAAUCAUCUCAAACAAUUCCGGGGUGCUGCUGUUUUUGCUUUCCUGGGUGCUGCAGUAGCAGGCUGUUUCCCCCUUUUCCACAGAGGGGAAUAUUCUGCAUCGCCCCUGUGUUUGCCUUUCCCUACCGGGGAAACGCCGUCUUUGGGAUUUACUGUAACCUUAGUGCUCUUAAACUCACUAGCAUUUUUAUUAAUGGCCAUCAUCUACACUAAACUUUACUGCAACUUGGAAAAAGAGGACCUGUCCGAGAACUCACAGUCUAGCAUGAUUAAGCACGUUGCUUGGCUAAUAUUCACCAAUUGCAUCUUUUUCUGCCCUGUUGCAUUUUUCUCGUUUGCCCCAUUGAUCACUGCCAUCUCUAUCAGUCCGGAAAUAAUGAAGUCUGUCACACUGAUAUUUUUCCCGUUGCCCACUUGUCUGAAUCCAGUCCUGUAUGUUUUCUUCAACCCAAAGUUUAAAGAAGACUGGAAGUUACUGAAGCGACGUAUUACAAAGAAAAGUGGAUCCGUGUCAGUUUCCAUCAGUAGCCAGGGAGGCUGCGUGGAGCAGGAUUUCUACUAUGACUGUGGCAUGUACUCCCACUUGCAGGGUAACUUGACUGUGUGUGACUGCUGUGAAUCGUUUCUUUUGACAAAGCCGAUAUCGUGCAAACACUUAAUAAAGUCACACAGCUGCCCUGCACUGGCAGUGGCCUCCUGUCAAAGAGCAGAUGGCUACUGGUCCGACUGUGGCACGCAGUCUGCCCACUCUGACUACGCAGACGAAGAGGAUUCCUUUGUCUCGGACAGUUCUGACCAGGUGCAGGCCUGUGGACGAGCCUGCUUCUAUCAGAGUCGAGGAUUCCCUUUGGUGCGCUAUGCCUAUAAUCUACCUAGAGUCAAAGACUGA